GACAUUGUAGUCAUGUCUCUGAUGAGCCUCCCAAUUUCUGCUCUGCACAGCCGGUGUGCUGUCAGCUGCACAGCCAACAGAACGUGCUCGGGUGCCUCAACUCCUACUCCAUUGUUUCGUGUGCCUAGGAAAUCGUUCAGUGGAGCAAAGAGCGCUCCCCAGCAGACGGGAACAAGCAGAUGCAACUUGCAGAGGAGAGCAGCAGCACUAGCACAGAGCACAAGUCAGGAUGUGACAUUGCCAGAGGGUUAUGUAUGGUAUGAAACAAUGCUCGUGUUGCGGCCAGACUUGAGCGAGGAAGAGAGGGAUAUGGAGCUGGCAAAGUUUGAAGCUUUCCUCAAGAAAGAGGAGGGCCUGGAGAUCAGCGCCCUUGUCAGGGGCACACAACAUCUUGCCUACCCCAUCGAAGGGUACUGGGAUGGCGUGUAUGUUCUUUACACAUACGGCGCACAGCGCAGAGUUUCCCAGGCUGUGCAGAAGCUGCUGUCGACACCCGUAGUUGGAGACAAGAAGAAUGUAUUGCGGCACAUGACCUUCAUCAUCUAGAUGAGGUAUUGUCGAUGUAUUUGACAAACGUUGAGCAUUGAAUGCCAGUAGCCGCCAUUGCGAGGGCCAGAAGGUCUAGAAAGGUGGCAGUGGGUGCAAUGAUUAUCAGCAUCAAGUGGUCUGGUAUAGCUUCCUGGACUGAUGUGAGCAGCAGGAUGCAGAGAACGCAUGCCACAUGCAGCAUUAAUUUCCGGAUUGCAGAUGGCGUGAGCAGGAAACAGAAGAAGACUUUUGAAAGUGGACACUGACUAUGCGAUUCACUGCUUUUGAAACAGUCGCUAGAUGGUUGCACCACCAGUCGUUAGCCAGCCGUCAACAAGCUUAUGCUCUACCAAAGUCUCACAGCAAAUUUGUAAUAAUUUACAGCAC